CGGCAUGGAGCCCCGCGCGGCCGCGCUCUGACUCGCUCUGCGCCCCGCGGCCGGCGGCGGACCGAGAGCCCGAGACCGGCGCCGCGGGACGGAAGCGAGCGGGCGCGGGCGCCGCGCAGAUGGCCGGGGCGAGCAAGGUCUGAGGCUCCGCUCCCCGAAACGUGACCAUGUGGAUUCAACAGCUUUUAGGACUCAGCUCCAUGUCCAUCCGCUGGCCGGGCUGCCCCCUAGGAAGCCAUGCUUGGAUACUUAUAGCCAUGUUCCAGCUUGCCAUGGAGUUUCCCGCCUGUGAGGCCCUGGGCCCGGGCCCCGAGUUCCGGCCUCUGCCGCGGCCGCCCCAGCGGCCGCCCCGUCUGUGGAGUGCGAGGAGCAGCCAGCUGGCGCGGGUCCCCGUUCCCUUGUGGAGCCCCCGGCCACCCCGCAUUGAACACAGCCACGGGCAGAUGCAAAGUCCACGAGCCAAGCGAGUGCACAGACCCAGGGACCAGGUGGCUGCCCUGGUGCCCAAAGUGGGGCUCCCCAAGCCCCCAGCUUCUGCCAAACCCAGCUCACCCCUGGACUCCCCCACGUCACCAUCAGCGGUGACAAGUAGUGGGGCUGCCACGGACCAACAGGCCCUCCUGAGGAGGGGGAAGAGGCACCUGCAAGGGGCCAGUUUCAACAGCUUUGACUUCCGGGGCGGCAGGCCCACCACUGAGACGGAGUUCAUUGCCUGGGGGCCCACCGGGGAGGAGGAGGCCCCCGAAUCCAACACCUUUCCGGGCGUGUAUGGCCCUACCACGGUCUCCAUUUUGCAGACACGGAAGACAACUGUGGCCUCCCCGACCCCCGCUACAGCCACCACGGCCACCUCCAUGCCACUGCAGACUAAGGGGGUCACCGCACCCCUGGGCCCCAGGAAUAGGAUCCCUGUUGGGGUCAGCACAACGGAGCCUUCCACCAGUUCCAGCAGAGACAGUGGCAAAGACACCAAGUCCCCUCCUCGGAUCCUGGGGGAGACCUCAGGCCUGGCUGUCCAUCAGAUCAUCACCAUCACCGUCUCCCUCAUCAUGGUCAUAGCCGCUCUGAUUACAACUCUUGUCUUAAAAAACUGCUGCACCCAAAGCGGGAGCACGCGCAGGAACAGCCACCCGCGGAAGAUGGCCCAGCAGGAGGAAAGCUGCCAGAACCUGACGGACUUCACCCCCGCCCGGGUGCCCAGCAGCCUGGACAUAUUCACGGCCUACAACGAGACCCUGCAGUGCUCCCACGAGUGCGUGCGGGCAUCCGUGCCCGUGUACACGGACGAGACGCUGCACCCAGCGGGGCAGUACAAACCCACAUUUAACGGGAACCGACCCUCUUCUUCUGAUCGGCAUCUUAUUCCUGUGGCCUUUGUGUCUGAAAAAUGGUUUGAAAUAUCCUGCUGACUGGCCGAAGUCUUUUUUACCUCCUGGGGGCAGGGCAGACGCCGUGUGUCCAUCUUAUGAAGGAAUACUUAUUUACUGCAAAAUGUUUAGAAAAUACCAAUAUGCAAACAGAAGGCAAAUAGCUGAGAUCCUUCCUUUGUUGUUGAAUCCUGUGGAAACCACUCAUCAAAUUCAGAACUAGUGAGAGGGCAAGUUGCAGAGAUCCCCCGCGGCUAGCGCCCUCCACGAAUCUGGCUCAAUGUCUGUUUUAUGAAAAGGAAGUCCGACCGUUUGGAUUUUGUUUUCACAUCAUUGGUGUGGCCACUGGACACAUGUGGGCGUUAGGGUGGCAUAAACAGAAUACACAGAAACACCCAAAUUAUUGGGCAGAUUUCUCACCCUGGGCAUCUAUCUGAGAGUCACACGUCUGAGAAACAGGAUCCGUUCCCAUUCUCACACUCCCUAGCGUAUUUGAAAAACACUUGAAUUCACCAGGUCUAAUUUUAUCAGUUUAAAGAGAGGAGGCCAUGUCUCCCCUCUCCUGUCCAGCUCACCCAUGGAACCGAAACUCACACGCCAUGUACCUGACCCACAGGACCAGAAACUUCAUAGCAAAGGCCCCAGGGGCCUAUUUUCACAGGUUUUAAGUUGAAUGUUUCAGAACUUUAUUUUUCCCUGCUGACUCAUGUAUAGUAAAGCUGGGUUUAUUUUGAUUUUCCUAAAUUAUUUUCUGAUACAAUAAACUGUUAACUGUUUAUUUAUACUUUUACAUGGAGCACUGGUUAUUUUUCAAGAGAAAAACAAAAGCCUCUCUGUUUUAAGUGUUAUAUAUAUAUAUAUCUAUACCACAGUUGUUCUUAUAGGCAUAUUUAUAUAUCAUUCUUCUUGGGAGCGUUAAACUAUUGCAGUUUACUGUUGUGUUUUUCUUUAAAUGCAUAUCAAAAUCAUGUUAAUAAACGACACAAUAUAUUUGGGUGGGUAGAUGGGGCUGGGUGUGAUUUCCAUACAGGUGAACUUUUAUUCCAGAUUUUUUAAAGUUGUUUCUGUAUUUCAGAGCUAUGUAUUUGGAGAACAUUGUAAAUGGAACACUUAUAUCAACUUUCCUGUGUGUAUUUAGUACUCUUAUGUUGCUAUUAAAAAAACAUAACAUAAAAAAACA